GCAUACACAAAUACUACGGAUUGUCGUGUACUGCAUGCAUGCUAGGCGCAUAUGCAGCAGGCAGUCUCCGAUUUAUUACAUGUACUCUCAGCGUUUGGGAAAAUAAAGAAAGGAAAUGGCCUCUAAAGACACAUUCGAAGGUCUUGAUGUCACUGCAGACGAAGUGCAGCGGAUCGAAAAAGCUUUGAAAAAUGAAGAGUUUCGGAAAUUAUUCGUCGAGUAUGCUCAAGAAAUUUCUGAUCCUGAAAACAGGAAAAAAUAUGAAGAGGAAUUAGCGGAGUUGGAAAGGUCGCGAGGCAUGGAUGUUAAGUUUUUGCACCCCAACCCUGGAUACGUGUUAAAGACAAGCAUUAAUGGGGAAAAGAAGGCAUUCAUCAAUAUCUGUAAGAAUGAUAACAUUGGUAAGCCUCAAGCAUCCAAGUCUUAUCAGGGCAGUGGGAAUGCAAGGAAAAUGGGAGUUGAGUGGGCGCUUCCUUACAGUUUAGCUCCAGGUCGUGAUGAUUAUGAUCAUGCAGGGAAAAAGUGUAUGGUGUUUGAUUGUCUGUUCCACCCAGACUGCUUUGAAAUGAUAAAUAAAGACAGCAGAUUUCGGACGUUGAUGGAUAAUACAGCAAUGGAUGGGAUAGAGAGGGAAUUUAAAAUUACCUUUGAUCGCAAUAAUGUGAAAAAGCCCAAAAUGAAAUUCAAAGGCCGACCACAGGCAACUGUACUGAGGACACCAAAUCAGUCUGGUCCGAAGGGUGAGAAUUCAUUAGAUGCCCUCAAACUUUCUUACCCAUAUGACAAAUCAAUGAAACAGGAAACGGCCAACAAUCAGCCUGCCAAAACAGCCUCCAAAAUAUCAGGGAAUAGAGAUUCGGAAAGGAAGACGAAUGAUGAGAAACGUGUAGAGAAAGAUGACUUCACAGUACCAAAGCACUCGAUUGUUCAUCGUGGUCACUUUGAUAUGCAGCAAUUCACCUAUGCCAGGGAUUCGGCACCAAGCACCAGGCCUCAAGAGCUGAUUUUGAAAGUAGAGCUACCUCUAUUGAAAUCUGCAGCCACUGUCCAGUUAGAUGUCUUUGAGAAACGCAUCUUUCUGGAAUGCAAGAAACCAGCCAUGUACCAACUUGAUCUCCCACUACCUUAUCCAGUAGAUGAAGACAAGGGCAGUGCAAAGUUUGACAAAAGCAGGUCUUGUCUCAUCAUCACCCUGGCAGUCUUACCCCCUGUAAUAGCAGAAAUUCCAUCCAGUGUACCUGUACCCCAAGAAGCUAAUCCUCUUGUUCAGGAAAUAGUGAUGAAUGGUAUUGAUGAGAGAGUCAACCAAAGAACUAAUCAAGCUGAUGGAAUCUCUCCCGGUUUUAAUGAUGAUCAAUAUGAAAAGCCUGAAAACGUGAAAGAUUCCAAUGAGGCAAAUCCAGGGAAGAGUGAUGUUUUAACAUCUGAUUACAAGAUCACACCAUCUAUCGGAGCAGAAUUUACUGAUGCGCUGGAAGAGGUUCAAGGUUACCCAGAAGGAGAUGUAACUGAAGUUGUGGAAGAUUCAGAGCAGAGUCAUCCUCUCAGUGAUGAAAUCCUUGCUGAUGAUUUGCUUCAUAGUGAGCUAGAAGUGAAGACCACAUUGCCUAAGUGUGAUAUCUACCAAACAGAUGAAAAUGUCACCAUCAUCAUUAGGGAAGCAGAUGUAGAUGCAGGGUCUUUCAAACUAAACAUGGAGAGUGAAGGAAAGAUAGUAGAAGCAAAGUUCAGGAGGACUAAAAUUUCUCCAGAUUCAGCUGAAGAAAUGUUCUCCAUCCUUGUAGUUUGUGAAGAUGGGCAAACUUUAGAUGGGAAGGUGAAACCUGAUGUCUCUCAGGCCAAUGUGGUAAUGGUGUUCAAGAAGAAAGAAGGAUGUGGAUCCUUGUGGUCUGCUCUUAAGGCUGGUCUGUCUGAAGAUACUCUUGAGGAGAAACAGUUUGUAACAGAGGAAGGUCUAGAAGAUAUUUUGAAGGUGGUUACUUCAGAUGAAGCCAGGAGUAAAGAGACCAUCCCAUGCUCUGUUUCAGAAUUCUCGACUCAUUGUGUCAAGGCUCAGUUUCAGGUGUCCUGUGAGGUUGCAGAUAGCUCAAAGAGUUCACAAGACAGUGGAAAACAUAAAGGUGACACUGAUGGAUGUCAGAAGCCAUCUAUGAAAUCUAAAGAGUCUAUCAUCCCUGCCUUGGACCUAGGACCUGCAGCAGAUGGGAAGAAGGUAGAAAGUGAUGUGAGUUCCCCUCGCAGCGAUCCUCAGUCAUCACCAACUGAUUCCUCCAUACCAGCUGGUCUUAAGAGUGCCUUAAGGAGUCCUCGCAGAAGAGCAUGCAAGUCAGUUAGCUUCAGUGAGGAAGUCUUGGUUGAACUCUUCCUUGAUGGUCCCAAACGAACCCAAAAGGGUGGAAACAAGAAGAAAGGAGGAGGAAGGCGGACUCCCUUCUUUGGUCCAAGGCGCAUGAUUGAGAAGCUGAAGGACAAUUCUUGGGAGUAUUUCAGUGAUUCUGAACUCCUGCACCACAAAGAAGCUAGCACUGAGGAAGAUGAAGAACAUGAAGAUCAAGAAUGGAAUUGGCAACCAAACCAAGUCCUUAUGAGACAGUCCAGCAGUGAAUCAGAGUCAGGACAGGAGAUACCGUCCUCUCCCCGCUCAAAGGGGAAGAAAUCCAAGGGAUCUAGGCGUAGGAGAAAAGAAAAAGCACGCCGUGAGGCAAGUUUGGCAGCAAAUAAUGGCGUCGAGAGUUCCGACACCAAUGAGAACCACAUUAAACCAAGUUCCCCUGAUGAUGUUUCACCACUCACAAAUGGUCUAGAGUCUGAAGAGAUUAUAGAGAGCAAUGAGCUUAAUGGGGAUACUCAGGAACCACCAGAAAACCGUGAUUUGAUGAAUAAUAAUGAAAACAAGAAAAGCAAUGAAAAUGAUGAGCUCCCUCUAGAAAUGCAAGACCACAAAACAAAGUGUGCUUUUGAAUUUUCUAACCAAGUUAUUUAUGAUCUUGAUGAGUAAACCCCUAAGAAGCAAAAUGUUGGUAUCUUGUAAUGAAUCUCUUCUGAUAACUCAAAAUUAGGAUGUUGAUUCUCUGUGUCUGACAGUACCAAUUGAAAGUCUCUGUGUUCACUUGAAGCAUUGUUUUUUUAAUGCUCUCUUUAUGACCACCAUGAUUUUCAGUUGAUACUCUGGCAGAGCAUAAACUAACAUAAAAUUUAUGAACCAAAGGUCAAAUAUUUUGUAAAGUAAGCUUGCGCCAUGUGCUGUUUACCACAGGAAUCCACCAAGUUUUUUUGCUUAAUUGUUGAUAAUAAGUGAGGGACUAUCAAAACAAUUUUGCUUCCACAAAGUUCUUUUCAGAAGGGCAUCAGUUAUUUUGUGAUGUUGUGUGCAUGUAUUUACAUUGUAUGGAUGCAAUCGCACAGGUGGCCAUUCCCAUUACACGAGAUCUUUAUUCAGGAUAGGAAUAUCAUGUUCCUGUUUUACUGUAUAAAAUUGCAUCUAGCCAGGAUAUUGUGACUGGUACUUGAUAUUAUAUAAGCGUCAUAAGGAAAAUGGCAUAAAAAAUUGUUUCAGUCAAUAUGGCCAUAUAUACUUGAAAUCCCACUGCGAUUCAUGUGUUAUGUGCUAUAUGCAAAACAAAAUGACUAUUUUGGAACUGAAACUAAAUUUUGAAGAAUUGAUUGAAUAAUUUUUUUGGGUGAAAUAUUUGAAUAUAUUUUCCCAUGUCUAGGCUUUACUGCACACCAGCAAUCUUGAAAAACUUUUUUGAAAAAUAAUAACUAUUAUUUGAUUUGUGCUAGUUUCAUGUUUUAGAACUAGGAAUAACUUUUGACAAGACAAUCAUUUCUUUUUUAUACUAUUAAUAAAAUGCCCAAAAGAUCUAUUGCUUUAAAAUUUCAUUGAAUAUUCAAAUAUUCAAGAUUUACAUAUUUGUAAGAGAUAUUAUUAUCACCAUUCAACAAUUAAAAGUUCUUUAUAAUAUAAUAAAAUUUGAGUUCGAGUUCACACUAGAACUAAUGGCAAUAAUGUGUUGAAACUGAAGAAUUUCAUUUGUUUUCAUGUAAACAUUUUCGUAAAGCCUGAAUGUGUAAUAUUUUCAUGGAUGGAAUAUGAUAUGUUGAGUGGGAAUGAAAAAAAAAGAGUGAAAAAAAGAGUUUGCUUGUGAAUAAAUGUUGUAGAAGUUUGUACAUAAAGUGUGUUUGUUUAUGAACAACAACAAGACAAGCAUUCUAUUUGUUGUUAAUUGAUGAGAAAUAGUAUUUUGGCCAUAAGACAAAUGCCUUGAAAAGACUUAAAUUGAUGUACAUAUCUAUCCUUGGUGAGAAAUUUCCCAUUGUUUGGAAUGUGAUAGCGAGACCCAAUUUAUGUGUAAAUGUAUGUUACACAGCAGUUAUCCCCUUUACAGACUGAGGAGUAAUGUUAGCAUUCUACAUUUCUUUUGAUUCAAAUUUAAAAUGGCUACUCUUUAUAUUUUGUAUGAUUGAAAGUGAAAAUAUAGGUAAACACGUUUCUUUCUAUUCAUCUACGUACAUGUACCUAUUUAAUGUAUUUGUUGUGUAUUUGUAGGUAUUUUACUUAUGUAUUAAAAGAGAUACAAAUGCUCAGGACUCCACUUUUUAAGACAUACUUUCAAUGGUAAUUCUAUAUCAUAACAAUGUUAAUUUACGUGGAAGAAAAAAAUAUUUGAUUUGUCUGUUGUACUGCAUUGCCAUGGUAGUUACGAUUGACUGACCCUUUUUUAAUGUUAAGUUUUGUGCAAAGGCACUGUGCUAUCAACAAGGUAAUAGUUUCAUUUUGUCUUUGAACAAGGUAACAUUUA